GAGGGACAGGGAGCUGCGUGCAGGCAACAUGACUUCAUUAACGUGGGGACUGCUCUGCUUCAUUGGCAUUCUGGCAUCGGGAACUCUGGGAAUUUUCCCACAGCCUCGCUCCCAGCACCGACAGAGUCACUCAGUUCGUCCUUUGAACUCACGAGUGUCCCCGCAAGUCCCGUCAAGGGUCCGUCAGCACUUUGAGAUCAAAUCGACUGAGCAAACAUCUGACGAAGUAGCAAGUGCUGAGAGUUUUCAGGAGGUCCAGCUGGGAGAUUACUCUAACCGAGGCUUCCAGCAGCAGCAGCAGAGUGUCCGGCCAGGUGCCAACAACUACCUGACGCAGGAGAGCCGGACCACAAUCAUCGGAGCAACAAGAUCCAACUGCAGAAAUCGGCCUAUAGACCUGGUCUUCAUCAUAGACAGCUCCCGCAGUGUACGUCCUGCUGAGUUUGAGAAGGCCAAGGAGUUCCUGCAAGACAUGGUGGACAGCUUGGAGAUCGGGUCCGAUGCCACGCGAGUCGGCCUCGUCAAUUACGCCAGCACAGUACAGAUUGAGUUUCUACUGAAGACGUAUUUUGACAAGUCUUCCCUGAAGCAGGCACUGGCCCGUGUUGAGCCCCUCGCUUCAGGCACCAUGACAGGCAUGGCCAUUAAGACUGCUAUGGAGAAAGCAUUCACUGCAGAGGCAGGGGCCCGAGCUAGUUCUGUGAACAUUGCCAAAGUGGCCAUCAUAGUGACGGAUGGGAGGCCCCAGGACAAAGUGGAGGAGGUGUCAGCAGCGGCUCGUGCGUCUGGGAUUGAGAUCUACGCGGUGGGAGUAGACAGAGCUGAUAUGAUGUCCCUCCGCCUCAUGGCCAGUCCCCCACAUGAUGACCAUGUCUUCUAUGUGGAGACCUAUGGUGUUAUAGAGAAGCUCACUUCCAAGUUUAGGGAAACCUUGUGUGGUAAGGAUGAUGAUAAUGGGAGUGCGGAUAUGCCAAUAAAUGGUGGUUCAGGUUUGGAUGCAUGUGCUCAGGGACACAGUUGCCAGCACAUUUGUGUCAACAGUGACAACUCAUACUACUGCAAGUGUCGCUCGGGCUACGUCUUGAACCCGGACAAGAAAACAUGCUCACGACUGGAUGCAUGUGCCCAGGGACAUGACUGCCAGCACAUAUGUAUCAACAAUGGGAACUCAUACAUCUGCAAGUGUCGAGUGGGAUAUGCUCUGAACAUGGAUAGGAAAACAUGCUCACGUUCAGAUGCAUGUGCCCAUGGACAUGACUGCCAGCACAUUUGUGUCAACAGUGAUGACUCGUUUAUCUGCCAGUGUCGAGUGGGAUAUGUGUUGAAUGCAGACCAGAAAACAUGCUCACAGGAAAUGAGAAGUGAAAUAACCCAAGACGCCUGCAUGUGUGAAGCUCAGAUUGUGUUCCAGAAAAAAGUACAGUCAACCAUUCACGAGCUGAGCAGAAAACUUGAUGAACUUUCAGACAAAGUGAAUCUGAUUGAAGGUCAGCAGCAGUAUUAAGAACAGCGUUGCCGUCAGAAGACAUGUUAAGGACUGGCGAUGUAUCCACUUUUCUUGACCACCGGAAGUCAUCUGUAAAACCCUCAAAAUCUCUUAAUGUCUCAUGUCUAUGAUGUGUCCAAGAUUUGAUAGAGGUCUGCGUGGUAAUGAUUUCUUAUGCGGUAUACUGGUAGCAUUAUGGUUUUAUAUUAUAAACCUGCAUUUUUGCAUUCACAACAUGGUCUGUUGUUACUUCUUACAGUAAAGUUGGAUAUAACUGGUGUAAAUGUUUACAUAUACCUGUGUAUUUGUAAGAAAAGCAACAUUUCUUCCUAACAGUGUAAACCAUUGAGUUCAGAUUCAUGCACUGUAAGAUAAUUAGUGAAUUUAUAGAAACAGUAGUUGCGUUAGCUUCUUUAAAAUAGUGUGUUGUACCACAUCCUUGUUGUGUAUUCACUGCUCUGAGAGCAUUUCUUGGUCAGUGUUGUUGUGUAGUGUUCUUGGUAGAACACAAAGACUCCAUCCACAAUCAUAACACAACAACUAAUCUCUUAUGCAACAAGAGCAUUGUUGCUAUCCCUCUGAUUGCAGCAUUACGCAGAGAAAAGACCAAAAUAAAACCUGAUCCAAUUGGCCCCUGGCUGUGCUAAAUCACAGAAUUACUAUAAUCCUUUUCUUUGAAUUGAAACAUUUCAACAACCUAAUUGCACAACAUGCAUUGGUAAUUAUUGUUUUGGUUGUAACAGACAGGUACAGUUGUUUUGGGGGGGAUAGGGGAAAAAACAGUUUAGGGAGCUCUGACCGCUUCAGUAGGCUACUUUGCAUACUUGGCAAGUCAUGGACCAAAGUUUCUGGCAGCAGUCCUGGCCAUUACAGACUAUUGUCAAUGCAAGUUUUGAAAGCGGGAGAUUUAUAGCUAAGAUCACAUCAGUUUUGUAACCAGUUAAAGUAAUAGUUCUUCAUACACUAUAUUCAUGUACUAUAUUUUCUACUCAUGUCUGUGGAACACAAAUGAAAAAAGUGAACAGUAUUUGUGGUGAAGGCCUCUAUGGGUAAACUGACAGUCACAUGCAUUACAUGUUUUGGUGCUUUUCUGUAUAUUUUAUAUCGGGAUUAAAGCUGGACAUGGAAAAUAAACAUUCUGAAACAAUGGAUCCAAAUCACUAUUGUAUAUUUUAUACUGUGUUACC